CCACACGAUGACCCGCCCGAUAGUUCAUUCUUAACGCAAAAGUUUUUUUUCCAUCAGCCUCAUAUUUUUGCCCGAUGGACGAACCAAGUCAUCCCAUUUUCAUUUUUUGGAAUUGUAUCGAAAGUGACAUGUUUGGCUUUCCAUGAAUUCCUAACAGGUCGAGGAUGUAACGAAAAGGAGUAGUACUAGAUCGCGUGAUAGGUAUAACGAAGAGGUGCUUGUUAGUGCAGAAGCUUCAUGUAGAAGCUUGGUGCAAGAAGCCAAGGUGAAAAAAAGGAGUAGAAGAGUGCCCUGUUGUACUGCAACAGUACAACAACGGCAAUCGAUGAUAAGAAUUUAACCCGAAAUCAUCUUCUAGAAGACUAAAAUAUUAGAGAUAGUAGAAAUGCUUUGUAAGAGUAAGAACCAUUCUUCAUCAUAGCCAUAGGACACACCACCUCUUCGAAUUUUAUUUUUAGUAGUACAACAAGAAACGUCAAUUUCUCAACUAACAGUAGUACCAAUUUUGUGGCGCACAUUGGUAACGAAAACGAUACUCAUUAAGUAUCGAUAAAAUAACACGAACGGCAUCUUCUGACUCUGUGUCCUUCCAAGAUAUAGAAAAUUAAGAGUAGCCGAAAAACCAGAACCACAAGCAGUAUAAAAAAAACGCUCAGGCCCUUGUAACAGCGCCGUCGACAAAUUGGAAAUCUGGAUGUUGAUCGGAGUCUAUUUAUUCACGCAUCUUACGAGUUUUAUUGCAAGGGCAUCACUGUAGUUUUUAUUUCGCGCAUUGUUCAUUUUUUCCCCACAAAAUUAAAAACUUAAACAAAGAAGUAGCACUACCUCCCGUUGUUCCCCCAAACCAAGCGUGUGAAAGUAGUCUGACCUUCUUUAUCUAUAGCAAGCAGAACCUCCCACAACUACUAUACAGUUUCGUUCAAGAAAGCUCAGCUGGGCUUUCCACACUACAGAAACGCGGGUAUCGGAAAGAAGCCGCCACCACACAAAGUCGAAGCUGAAAGAAUAGUGAAUACUACAGCGGACGGAGUAGACAUUCACUCUGACAAUUCUACACUGCCAGGAACCGGAACGAGGUAAAGAGUACCUAAUUUUGUACUUUAGACGGCGCGGCUUUCGGACUACAACCUGGAGUGGCGUGUCUCCUGUCAAGGUCAAAAAUUGUACGCUGAUUUUCAAUCUCAGAAAGUGAAAGAAAUAUUUUGAUCUAUCACCCAAGCCUACCCCAGAGAUACUUUUUACGUAAAAGUAACUUAUUUAGACAUCAAUACAAUACGUAGUACCCAUCACACAAUUUGAUGCGUUUAUAUUUUCUACUACCAUAGUACGGCAACUUAGAAGUAUUGUUGCAUUGUCCCUGGUGGCGCGCAAAAUCAUAAUCAACGGGCUUGCUCGUGCUGGGUAUUUUUAGCCAACGCCCCAGCAUGAGUGCCCGCCUAGGAUAACUUUAAACUUUCUUCGAGAAGUAGAUCCGGCACAAAGAAUUCAACGUACGAAAAAAUCGAAGACGAAAUGCCACGCACCGGCACAACGAACGUAGGAACGAUCUUAGCUGUAGUGCUUAAGGCUGUGGUUUUCCUUCACGAGGAUGCCCAAAAGUCACCAAUCUUCGUCCGCGGGGCCUUCUUUAUGAACUGCAAAAGUAUCGUACUCGUGAUGCAUGACCAAUUUUCUCAGCAUGAGAAAUAAAAUUUGUCAUGCUGAUUUACCUUACGAAAAAUAUUUGUAAUGCAAUACGAGUGAAGAUGGAUGACGAUGGGGAGACCUACCCACUAAGCAAAGUGGUCGACCCGGAAUUGUCUGCAACGGCCGAGGAGGCGCUGGAGGCCGCACAGCAAGCUCGCACUGACGUGCUUGCGAGCUACCGCGAGCGGGUCGACGUCAUCCGGGCGCAACGCGCGCAGCGAGCUGAGGCCCCCGCCCCGCCGCUCGGGGGUCUCGCACAGUGAAGUCGAAAAAAGGAAAGAAUUUGUUCUGAAAUUGAAAUCAAGAGGUUCUUCACGUUGAAGUUCCUCAAAUAGACUCCUCAUUUUGGGUAGAAGUCUCGCGUACUACGCGAACACUGUAAACUGUAAACUGUAAACCUGCAUUUAUACGAGUACGAUACUUUUGCACAGGAUAUUCUUGGUCCACCAGCAAUCUCCGCCGGACUCGGACGACAUAUCCUGAGUAAAAACGUCCCCACACCAUAGUCAAGAUGGGGAAUCGGCUAGACAAAUCCACAAUUUUUGGCUGUUUUGCAUGACAAAUUUGGAUUCGUAGUGUAGUGCUGUUUGAGCUAGCUCAGCAGCAUCACAGAUCUAGCAUACCAUGCUGAUUGGAGCAUGACAAAUUGCAAAACACGACUGGCAAAUGCUUCUCAUGGGGCUCCGCAUGAGAAACAUUUUCAGCAUGCAGAUUUGCAUUACAACUAUGGGGUGGGGACGUUUUGAAAUAGGAUACGACACCGAGGGUGGUUUGUCCCCGACGAGUGAGGAUGGGGGAGGGAGUUCGUCGAUGCAGGAUCAGGAUGAUCAUGAUCCUGACGACUUUGCUCAACAAGAAGAGCAGCGCUCAAACAGCGCCGCGCGCGCAGCAACAAAUUCGAACGCCGGACCAAACCCUGAGGACGAGGAGGUGGACACAGCUGCACUCUUUAGAAGUAGUACCGAUAGUGACCGCGGCCCGGAGGAAGUUGCUGCAGAGGGCCAGCAGCGGAACAAGAACGUGUUUAACAACUGCAAGCCGGGAUGUUGGCAUCUUGUGCAAGAAAGCGGUGCAAGCCCGGACACCACCUGGUCGUUUCCUCUGGUGCUCAGUUUGGAAAAAAAGGAGCAGCCAGAAGAUUUUUCUAGUUUGAGCACACUGCUGCGAGGAGGACCAACUUCGCAAUCUGCGCAGGAGUCCUCUGCCGAUCUCGAUCAUGAGACAGCUGCCCAAUUAGUCGAUGUGCGCCGGGCGACCCGCUUUCCGGCGAUGUUCGAGUGCAGCGAAGAGGAGGACAAGAACAAGUUUAUGAACGUUUUCGUCAUCCCGCGCGAAUUGGGCCUCAAAACAGGAGAUCAUGAUAUUGACAUAGAGGAUCAUAUGGCUGCACGACCUAACGUCUUUCUGAGACUUGUUUACGAAAGGCAGAGCGGAAACAAACACGCAGUGCAUAAAAGUCUUCCGAACUCGAAUUAUGCGGUAGAGGAGAACAAGUGUCAGCACUACAUUCCGCUUGGUGCUGGUACUAGAAUAUCCGUAUCCGAUAGGACCAAAGAGUUUCCAAAGUCUUCCGGGCAGCAGGAGCCGGAACACCAACACGCACAUAAUUGGAAGAGGACGAUUUCGGAAGCGUCUACAAGUGCCGGCACAGUAGUUGCCGGCUCUUCACCGCCUCCAGCAGUGGACCAGAACAAAGCCGCAUCGGAUUCGGAUCGGGGCAUGAUCUUUGAGCAGGAGUAUGUCGUUGUAAAUGCGCACGGACGUCGACAGCAUUUCCACCACCAAAACGUGAGCGGCGCACAGGAUCUCAGGCAAAAGAUGUUCACGCAGAAGCUGCUAGACGCCGGGUGGAGCUUUUACCCCACAGACUUUCAGUUUCACAAAGUGGACCAAGAAAAAAGCAACCCGACUAGUACAGGAGGGACGACCAGUACCAUGUCCAUGGGGGGCUCUACUGCUGGUGGUGCUACACCUUCGUCUACUUCUGCUGAAGGUGAUGAACCCAGCUUGAUUAAUCUCUUGACCUUGGACAAUACGAGCGCAACAGCGUGGGCGCAGGACGUUUUCAACCGGUGUCAGCGGCACGCAGACGGCGUCGAGGGAGCGGCGAAGGUCGCUUUUGAAACGGCGGCCGCGCAACAGGGCUUGGAUCGCGAAGAUGUGCUGCCGCCACAGCUGCAUUCGGUCGGAUUCACUUGUCAUCCGGUUGUACAAGACAACGUUGCGAACAUAAAGACGGUACUUAUUAAGCUCGAGUUUUUAUAAAUUAUUCGUUAUCGUUUUCAUUUCUUUCUAAAUGCGUGUUGCAGCUUCCACCAGCACUUUUGCGGCUCAGUUGUCUAUCGAAAAUGCUCCUAUGAGAAGGAGCAGCUGCUGCUGCACCUAGUUCUACAGUUUUUUUACAUUAUUUGGCUCUUAGAUGAAAAUCACUCUCGUCCUCCUUCGAAUUCGAUUAUACUUCUACACAUCAGACCGACCUGGCCUACUCUUUUGCUACGAUGACGGUGAAAUCGCGUGGUGGCUUGCUUGACUACCGGCUGAAUCCCGAGGUGUAUCGUUCGCCAUCCGCUAACUCUUUGACCGCGCUUUCCCGGAUCGUCUUUGCCAGCGUGUCGAAGAAACUUAGCCCCACCAACGUGCACCAAUUUGCUUGGCGGGGCAGAACGUCGCACCAGGAUGGUUCGUCUCAAGUAGUACCAGGUGACAGCGAUAGCAAUGAGCCUGCCCCUCUCAUGGUCGCUAAGUUUCAAAUCGCGAUUCUGUUGCCGCAGAACCAUGGCGUUUGGAAGAAUGGUUCCGGCACGAAGGAUAGGGGUAAAAAUGCUCAUCAUGGCCCGGCGGUGGACUACAAUCGACAUACAGAAGGUGGUCGGCAGCACCAACAGCAAGCUGUAGCAUCGAACAUGCAAAAUGGGGUUAAUGCUGGUGAUGACAUCACUUCGUCUUCUUCCAACCAGCAGCCGGCGCUCCAUUUCAUGAAUCGCAGCGCUGCACUUGACGAGCAGGACCAAGACGAGGCGGAAGAUGAGGACGACAGAACGGCCGACGAUGACUCUUCUGGUACGACGAGGAGCACAGGAAAAGCAGCCGUCGGAGAGCACCUGGCCAUGGCCGCGUAUGCGGACGACGACAUAUUGCAACUCCACAUGGAAAGCAUCCGCACGACCCUGAACGACGACGAAGACGCCGGGAAAAGGGACUUGGAACUGCGACUCCUCGUCUCCUUCUGCAGCUUGUUGUUUCUCGCGCUCUUGCUCUCCACUGCCCACCAGGACCUACGGCGCAAGAUUUUUCAGAACAAGAAGCAAGCCAAUUCAACAUCGCGGAGACUGUCGUGGUGGGAUUUGCUGCGGCGGCAGUUCCGAACCCAGAAGCAAGUGCUAAGCAGCUAUGAGAAAAGUUGUGCUUCUUCUUCUACCCAGCACGCCGGUGGCAUUUCCAAGAACGCAAUGGAGCAGUACCUGCAGGAGAAUCCGGAUGCAAAGGACGAGUGGGUGGAGAUCCAGGAGGGGUGGGCGAAGGUGCAGGAUGCGAGGAAAAAUAAAACGAAAAAUAAAUCGAGUUCUAGUUCCCCCAAGAAGACGAAGGAGCGGGACGACACUUGUGCAGAAGUUGUUUCCAAAGAAGUCGACGAAGAUGACGACGGUGUCAGUGAGAAUGAGGAAAGCGGAGGUAGUACAACGGCGCGUGAAGACGAAGAGGACGAUGUGGACAAAAUCGUGGCGCGCGCGAUGAAUGUCGGUUCCACGACUUCGACGUCCCGCGCCGUCCCCUUGCGCGAAGAGCCGGAGGUCGUCCAGGACACGGCGCUCCGUGCGAUGGGCCUGGAACACUCGAAGGAAGAAGCGGACGCCUUUCGCCGGCGCAAAAAUAAUUCUAUUUCUCCGGGAAAGCGGCGGUACUCCGACUCGACCUUUCAGUUGGGUCAAGAAAGCUUCCGCCAGGCGUCUCGGGAGAGUGACCAAAAUUCGGACCUGGACUUUGUGCCGUUCGCGAUUUACGAUCCGCGCCGGGACAGUGUCGAGAGCGACGAAGCGCUCGAAGGCGCCGCGGCUCAAGCGGAACGAUACCAACAGCUCAGCGACCCGCGCCGGGACAGUGUCGGAACCGAUGGCAGCGACCGGAGUCUGCAACAACACUUGACGCAAAGCGACCGGAGCUGCGACAACAAUGACCUCGCUAACAGGAGUGGGUCCUCCUCGUCGUGGACAAACAUACACAACUCCGGCUCGACAAACACGACUCGGUUUCCAACUAGUUCCUGGGAAGGUGCUGGCCCACACACUACAAACAGCAGCAUGAAUGGAAGCAGCAGCAGUAACAACAACCAGCACCUGUCGCAGACGAAUUCCAAUGCCAGCACAGCGUGCACCCUCCCGGCACCAGGGGGACCUCGCGGGGGAACAACUACUACGACGCAGCCGGCCUUUACAUCACCUUCUCGUGCUGCGAAUUAUAACAUGAGCAGCAGUAAGCCGUCGUCAAAGAUAUUAAACAGCCGACACAACUUUUACCACGAUCAACAUGAUCUCGCGGAUGCGACGUACUUUCCGAAGUACGGCCGCGCGGAGAUCGAAAGCAAGCGCAGCAUCGUGUUUGUGAACUGCACCUCCCGGCUAUGCAAGAAAAAAACUGUGUAAGUGUAACUUUGUAAUGCAGAUCAUGCAACAGAGUUACACCUGUCAUGCCAGACAACCACGCAGUCCUCUUUUCAUGUAUGUUUUCCCUUACAAGCCACGCAUGACAGGUUUUCGCUGUCAUGUAGAGCAAACUUGUGAUGCAGAUGCUGUCAGCCACGGAAAGUUACACUAACGCAGUUCUUUUCUUGGAUACCGGUUGCAGCAGAAAGAGUCUUGGAUGUACACGAUCCACUUCAAGUCCCAAGGCUAUAACGUAAGCUUAAUGAUUGACGAGUACGUGAAGCGCCAGGAGCUGUUCCUGACGGACGAGUACGGCUACGGCAGUGGCUUCUCUUCUUCUCACUAUCCCGCGGCGCCCGCCGAGAGAGUUCUUGCCGAUGAUGGCCUCGAGGAGAGAAAUAAUUACAAUUACGUGGACGAAAACGCGAUGUUGUGCGGGCAUAACGACGACCGGAAGCCCCACCAGGGCCAGCUCGUCCUCGUCAAUUUCGAGGACGGAAGUCCUCUUAGACCCGCAGCAGAUGAAGAAGAUGGUCCGAGCCCUGCGAAUAAAAGUGCUGGGAGCAUCAGCCCAGUCUCGCCGGGGAGAGUGCCGCACGGACGAAGCGCCUUCUUUCCGGAUGAAGUGAUGGACCGCCAUAUUGGUGUAACAGUCCGUGCUACAAAAGAACAGGAAGUAGAUAUCAGCCCAGUUGCAGGAAAUAAAAUGAUUUUGUCAAGAGAUGACCACAUCGAGGACCAGCAGCCGUCGCUCGACAACAUGUUCGUGGAACAAGACGAAAUAAAACGUAUGUCGCACCUGUCGUCCAAUGAGGUCGUCGCGUUGGUGCCCCCGAUACGGAGCCAGUCGCAUUCGGCGGACUCGACGGAGACCAUUCCGCCGAUCAUUCCGACCCCGGGGCUUUACCGUCAGGUUCUUAGCGGAGGGGGCAUUGUUGAACAAGAACAAAACGGACAGCGGUCUUUUUCCUCGUCGAUCGACGAAUACCCCGACGCCAGUAAAAUCGCGAACGCCCCCGAAAGCCUGGAAAAUCGCGACAAAAUCCCAACCGGCGGAAUCGUAGGAGCGAGUGUGAUUGGCAGAACAACUGACGUAGUGACAGGAAAAAAUCCAGAUGUCCCUCCGAUGAGCAGGAAAAAUGAUUCUACGACAGUUUUUCCCCUUCCAAACGAUCCACUUGUUGUAGAAGAUGAGCAAAACCACCAGACCUCCAACCAGCACAAAGGCGCCGAUGUUAUUUCCACUGGUGUUGUUGUACCACCAGUAGAUGUAGAAGUUGCUACGAAAAAAAACACGACAAACGGUGGCCAGGCAGAUGCAGAUGAGGUGAACCUGGACGACCACCAGCAACUGCAGAUAGCGGCUUCCCGCAAAGACGCCAAGCGUACUGUGACCUUCGAGGAGAAUACCUCCGGGUCAAAUGACAGUGGCGGUUUUCGAAAUGUGUAUGCAAGAAAAAAACUGUGUAAGUGUAAGUCUGUGAUGCAGAACAUGCAACAGAGUUAGACCUGUCAUGCCAGACAAUCAUGAAGUCCUCUUUUCAUGUUUAGGUUUCAGGGUUUAGGACAACCUUACAAGCCACGCAUGACAGGUUUGCUCUGUCAUGUAGAGGAAAUUUGUGAUGCUGUCAGCCGAAGGUAGUUACACUAACACACUUUUUUUCUUGGAUAAUGUGAAAAACAGCUCGAAUGUGGACCACAUUCUCCCCCGAACCCUGUCGCUGCGCAGUAAGGAAAAGUCGAAAUCUAUUCUGAGUAAAAACAUCCCCACCCCAGAGUUGUGAUGCAAAUCUGCAUGCCAAAAAAUGUCUCAUACGAAGCCACAUGAGGAGCUUUUUCUAGUCGUGUUUUGGGAUUUGUGAUGCUAGAAAUAGCAUGGUGUGCUAGAUCUGUGAUGUGCUAAAGUAGCCAAACAGGAUUACACUACGAGGACAAACUUGUCAUGCGAAACAACCAAAGUUGGCUGAUCUGUCUAGCAGAUUUUCCAUCUUGACUCUGGUAUGGGGACGUUUUUACUCAGGAUAAAGUCUCUCACCCCAGUGUACGAGCGCAUGCUCCGAGCCGUCCGGUGUCAGACCAAGGUUGGCAACCAACCGGAAAAAGACGUCGUGGUUCCGGAUCACAUCCAAAGGGUCUUUCAUAAGGUGCACGAUCACAUCCAGAACGGGACCGUCUGCGUGGACUUGCUGGAAACCAUCCUGUACCGGUUUGUAACCAUCCAAACUGCCAAUGAGUUCGACGACAGGGAGGCGGAUAUGGAACAAGAGGCAAUGGAGUCGACGUAUCACAUCUUUUGCUUGAUAUCUCUUUGUUUCAGUCGAUUUUUUGUUCUUGCCGCGGUCGACGACAAAAAAAACCAACAAAUUGAAAUUAAUUUUAUGAAUGCUCCCUUCCGCUUCAUCCGGUUUUUCUUUUUUAUCAAUUCUUCUUCCCGUUUGCCAUGUAGUUCGUUGCGUGUAGCGGCCUAUUCAUAUUCUGACUUAUCACAGUAUCAAAAACAGUGUUGCAUGAUGAUCUUGUUUCUCCCCGUAGUAACUGCCCCGAAUGAAAACAAAACUAAAACAGGUUCUCGAUGUGGCUGGCAAUGCAGAAUCUGAAUAUGGCCCUCGGACAGGCCAAGGAGAUGGAUCGGAAGAAGUUAAACAAUUGGGAAGAAGACAACAAAAUGUCUCGCAACAUGCGGGAGCGAAAUUUCCAAAGGAGACUGCAAUCUAUCGAGCAAAAGAAGCGGCAGCGGGCUUUACGCGGCGGGGGAAACGGGUGGCGACAUCGGACCACGUCCGAGGACGCCGGGCCCGUCGAACAGGAGGCUGUAACUCGAGAGAUGUCGAGAGAAAGAUCAAGAUGA